AUGUUCUGCAAAGCAAUCCUGGAAGAGGGAGCAAUGGCCGUUUUGGCUGCUGCAAAGGAAAUUGCGGAACCCAAGGCCCACCACACUCGUGCGGCCGUUGUUGGUGAUCUUGCGGUGAUACACCUAACCAGGCAUCGCUCUACGGAGAAUGUUGACAUCUACCUGGGUGGCACUAUGUUGCCCUCGUUUCUAAAGCGAGAGCUUCCUCGGUUCAACCGCGCGUUCACCGUUAACCACGAGGUCGUCAACGGCGUGACCUACCGAUCGCCGUCAUUCAAGAUCAUUAUCCCUGUUGAUCUUAUCAAUAUCGACACCCAGUUCGAUGUACAGGCUCCGCUCUUAAGCAAGUUCCGAACCUCUAAUCUGCCAUGGGCGACCCGGGACGAUCUGAUCCUCAUGAAGGCGAUUGGAGCCUCGGAGAGGGAAUGCGAGAGCGGGCGCUAUCAGGACGUCAACGACACCUAG